AUGGACGCGUCCACGACGUCACCACCGGUCGAGAAAAAGCGCCGCAAUCGCAAGUCGCACGCAUGCACUGCGUGCCGUGCAAAGAAGCUCUUUUGCGACAAAGUCAUUCCUUGUGGCCAGUGUAAGCUACGCGGGAAAGAGUCCACGUGCAGCGUCAACAUCAGUCGCGCGCUAUCGAGUGAGUGCUCGUCGAUGCAGUCCGACGUGCCCGCCAAUCUCCACAACUGGGCCCUUGAGUGGGGCAUCGAUCCUCAGACAUUCCAGCCUCCCUUGACACUGGCACCCGCUCAUUGGCUGGAUACCUGCACUGAGCGAGACGGUGACGAGACCAGAGGCCGUCAGCAUAGACUGGACAGCGUCGACACGACUGCAUUCUGCUCGUCAUCGCCGACGUCCGAUAAGAAUACAUCUCCGCUCUCGUCACCAGAUGCGCUGACGACAACCGACGAGCUUAGCCUUGCACUGUCUUUGCUCCAGGAAAGAGUGAACCAGCUUGAGUCGAGAGUGAUAGUGCCUGCACCCCACGGCAGGGACGAUGGCGACCUGUUCGGUAUCCUCUCACGGACCCUUGCCAGGCUUGCCGACUUUGAACGACGGCUGGUCGAGCUCGAGGGCCAGCUGGAUCGUGUCACCGCCCUUCUUCUUCAGAGGCAAAGCGACGUCGCGCCCAAACGAUUCUCCCAGAAGCUGUGCAGAAGCGACCAGAAUGCAGGCUCCGAAUCUGGCCUCUCGUCUUGGUCUUCGCCCCGUCUCUCUCGUCCUUCAGCGAAUGCUCUCUUGCAAGGUUUGGAUUGUGUUUGA